AUGGACUCAAUUGAUUUGCCAAACCAAAAAGGUGAUAAUUCUACGUCUUCCCUGGGUGUGGAGAGAAAUGCUCUAGAACCUGUCAAAGUGUCUGUUGAAAUGAACCGCGUGAAAUCAGUUUGUAACAUCCCUCGUAUUUUCCACAAACUUCUUCGCAAUAGUGAUAUAACUGACAAUUUUCGGUGCGAAAUUAAGUUCCCUUAUCGUAAAUGGCAGAAAGGCGUGGAAGUUUCUGCUGAUUCUCAGGAGACCCUCGAAUGCGUCAUCAAUCAAAUAAAUUCCCUUAUUUCUGCCUCGCGGCCUAAAAUGCGCCCUUCUCACUUUGUUUGUCUACCUGUUAAAGACGAUGCAUGUAAGCAAGCGUACUUAGCGUUCAAGGAGAAAGUGCUUGAACGAAAUGGUGACGGCUCGAAGUACGUGGGCAUCGACGAGAAUUUGUUUGGGUACGACCAUAAGCUUCAUUUUACACUUGCCACUCUUCUUCUUGUCGACGCUGAAGAGGUGCGGCUUGCUUCGCGUUUACUAACUGAUUUCGUCGAAUCAGAGGAUGUGGAAGGGUUGUCCCGUUCGCCUCUCCGUAUCAGUGUUCGGGGUUUAAAAAGUAUGCAAAAUGAUCCGAAGCGAACUCACGUUCUCUAUGCAUGUGUCAAACCGGGGGAAGACUCUGAGCGACUACAAGCAAUUGCCAACAGAGCAACAGCUCUCUUUGCUCGGAAUGGCCUUCAAAGCGGACGGGCGGGGGAAUCAGAAGUUAAACUUCACAUGACCCUCAUGAAAUCACGAGUUCAAAUCGAAGCACAAGACAAAAGUGUGGGUCGGGGUAAGGGGCGCAUUCGCCGAAAUCCCUUUCCUGCUGACGACCUACUGACUGAUUUUGGUGAUUACUCAUUUGUGGAAGGCGCCCUUCUCGAUGAAAUUUGUCUCUGCCGCAUGAACAGCACAGGACCGGAUGGGUUUUAUGUUACCGAGGCGCGGGUGAAACUUAAGUAG